AUGCCAGCUAUCCAGAAAAGUAUAGCAGAUUCCAAUGUUCUGCAGCACUACCCUGUGUCUGCUGAGGUUGUUCGUCUAGAUGCCACUGUGCUGUCAGCUGAGAGUUAUGCAAAGAAGAGCUCCUCAAGAGAACAGCUUCUCAAUCGCUUUAGAGGUGCUGCACUCUUUGCACACUCUAAAAACACUAAGCUAGAGUACAUGGCUGAAGACUUAAGCACUGCUUUCCACAAGUGGCAGGACUCCUGGUCUAGAGUCACAGAUCAACAGUUCUGCAGUAAGGAGUCUACCUUUGUUGAUCUUGAGGUGUUUCUCUGGAGGAAGUGCUGCUUGGAUGCCUACUACAAGUCCCGAGUUGUUCUGCUUGCAGACAAAAAACCAGCCAGAGGCAAUCCUCAUCGUACUGUGUAUCCCUUUGCUACAACAAGAGACAGUACUAACCAGACCCUCUUUGCUUCACCAAGUGGAAAAGAACGUGCAGAUGGCCUAGUCUACUCUCAGUUCUAUGGAUUGAUUAAGACACCAUUUGAUACCUCAAAGGCCUAUAUCUUUCAACAAGAUGCAUUAGAAAACCUUGCACUAGACCCUGGCUAUAUUCACUCUCUUCAACAGGAAGGUGGAGGGAUUACAUUCUCCAAGGCAGUCUGUGAAAAGGCCUAUCUCCACAUGAAGCAGCGAGCACAUGUCAAUCUCAGGGACAACCUACAGAGGUCAUAUGGGAUCAGAGAAGAGCAUCGGAUUUCUCUAACUAUGAUGGAAGAGAUUGAGAGCCAGUGGACCCAACAGGACCUCUACAGUAUCUCUGAGGACAGCCCAAGUGCUCCACUCCCAUACUACAUUGUCCCAACCCAGGAGCUUCUUGGAUUCCUCCGUGCCCAGAUCAACAAAUACUGCUUCUUGUUUGAGCAUACCAGAGCCAAUACCUUUGGAGCAGUUUCACUAGCUGAACAAGCAGUUAUGAUAGUAGCUCUUCGAGCACUUCGAUUUUGCUAUGGAAGCAACAUACUAUCAGCAGAGUCACUGCUAUACAUAGACCGCUGGGAGAACAGUAAACAGAAGCUUGUGGUAGUAGAAGGCUUUGGCAUGCAGCAGACAAUAGAGCAGUGUGGAUUAGGCUGGUUCCUGCCCAAGUUUAACUGGGCUACUCUAAGGAUCAAACCACCCCAUGGGGAGAACUUGCUAAAUGGCUGCCUGCUUAUGCAUACUGAGUACAAGAAGAGAUGGCAGGCAGUAAAGGAUCUUCAGAACAUCUAUGUCCGUUUCAACCAAGCAGAAAGGUGGUUCCAAGAGCACAACAUUGGCAAAAACCCAGGGCUACUUCGAAAGUGGCUAGAGUAUCUCUAUGCUCUGAAUCUAGAGCAGUUUGAUGCCGAUGUGUGGAAGGCUAUGUUGAAAGCCCAUAAGCAAACACAGCAACUUUCUCCUCAAGCACUUGAGCAAAGAGGAAAAAUGGCAUAUUGCUUUGAUGGAAUGAAAGGUUUUUUCCUUAACAAUGGUGUUGUUAGUCCACCUCACAUUGUUACAGGGAACAAAGGAGCUUUCAAAGGAGUAGAAGAUCUACUCAACUUUCUCUUCUUAGAGGAUGAAAGGAAGAGACUAGGCUGGGGGUGGAAACCAUUUCGCCAGAUCUUACAGAGAACCUUGGAUCUUCUAGAAAAAGAGCUAGGUUAUCAAAGAUCUCAGCUAUGGCUAGAUCAGUUUCUACACUUGGUCCGCCUGACCCACUGGAUCUUACCUUAUCCAUCAGACCGUGCGCUCAUUGAAUCAACAAAGACCAGCCAGGAAAAGGGGCUAUCUCGAAAGCUUAUGUGGUUUUCUGCAAUCUUUAACCAUCCUACACUGGCUGUACAACAGCCUGAAGAGGACAACCCUAGGACACUUCAUGUCUUGUUGUACAAAGCACACCGCAGCACUGGCAGAUAUGGUAGCAUGAACACACCCUGGGAUGCUUUUCAACUUAUUAAAGCUUAUGGCAAGCAUGGGAUCAAGAUGCUUGGUGAAGAUGAGUCUAAAGAGUAUUGGAGCAGUGGAAGGAGGAGUAUUGGCUCACAAGGAUGGGCACCAGUAUGGGAGCAAGGGAAGCCACCUUUACUUAAAAUGCAGGAAAGGAUCAGAGGCAUGAGCCUUGAUGAGCUUGAGGCUAUGAUGGUUGAGUUUGUGCAAGAGCAGAGUAAUCAGGAAAAGGUUAUUAUUGGCCCAGGAGCUGUAUACUCUAUUACUGGUACCAGGGCUGCACAUGAUGCCACUUCUCAAAGCCAUAGUGGCAAUAGCAGAGUAAACAGCAACCAGGAAAGAGAAGAUGGCAGUGCAUACCUGCCAUCUGAACAAAGCACUUGA